CCUUCCUUCUCUCUCUGGACCCGGUUCCCCAUUGACACGGAGGGCCGGACAAGUUGCUCACGAUCCCACUUACUAGCAGCCAGCAGAGGGCCCAUUGCAAUGUACAGUCGCGACCGCCAGGUGGAGGCAAAGCUCCGGCAACACGGCGAGAAAUCGCACAUGCGCACUCCCAAGCGGCGCCCCGCCUUCCCACGCCCUGUGCACGUCACUUCCGGCGAGAGGGGCCGGACCGGCCGGGCGAGGAGUGCGGGUCGGUUCUGUGCGCGUUGCCAGACGAGGCUCCCGCCGCCGAUUGACCCGCGCUCCGCCCCGCAGCCGGGCCGCAGGGACCUUGGUAGCUAAUGUCAGAAGAAAGUGACUCUCUGAGAACCAGCCCUUCUGUGGCCUCGCUCUCUGAAAAUGAACUGCCACCACCACCCGAGCCCCCCGGUUACGUGUGCUCACUGACAGAAGAACUGGUCACCAAAGCCCGGGAAGAGCUGCAGGAGAAGCCGGAGUGGAGACUUCGGGAUGUUCAGGCCCUCCGGGACAUGGUGCGGAAGGAGUACCCCAACCUGAGCACAUCCCUUGAGGACGCCUUCCUGCUGCGCUUCCUCCGAGCCCGCAAGUUUGACUACGACCGGGCCCUGCAGCUCCUGGUCAACUACCACAGCUGCCGCAGGAGCUGGCCCGAAGUCUUUAGUAACCUGAAGCCAUCGGCCCUAAAAGAUGUGCUCAGUUCUGGGUUCCUUACUGUGCUGCCCCACACUGACCCCAGGGGCUGCCACAUCCUCUGCAUCCGUCCAGACAGAUGGAUACCAAGCAACUAUCCAAUUACUGAAAACAUCCGAGCCAUAUACCUGACGUUAGAAAAACUCAUUCAGUCUGAAGAAACCCAGGUGAAUGGAAUUGUAAUUCUUGCAGACUACAAAGGAGUGAGCUUAUCAAAAGCGUCUCAUUUUGGCCCUUUUAUAGCCAAAAAGGUGAUUGGCAUCCUCCAGGAUGGGUUUCCCAUUCGGAUAAAAGCAGUCCAUGUAGUAAAUGAACCUCGGAUAUUUAAAGGCAUUUUUGCCAUCAUAAAACCAUUUCUGAAGGAGAAAAUAGCAAACAGAUUCUUCCUCCACGGGUCUGACCUGAACUCUCUUCACACAAACCUCCCAAGAAACAUCCUCCCCAAGGAGUAUGGGGGCACAGCGGGGGAGCUGGACACUGCCAGCUGGAGUGCCGUGCUCCUGGCCUCAGAGGACGACUUUGUGAAAGAGUUCUGCCAACCUGUCCCCACCUGUGACAGCAUCCUGGGCCAGGCACUACUGUCCGAAGGACUGGCCUCAGAUGUGCAGUGCGACGACUCCAUGCGGGCGGUGAAGUCACAGCUGUACUCCUGCUACUAGUCAGUCCCCUGGGAGUGUCGCCAUGUUUAAAUCUUUUCCCUUUGUCUUUAGAACUUACAGUCUGAGGCCUCAGUCUUGCUCCUUGUAAUGAAAGAGCAGCAUGAGGAACCGUCUGGAGACCUUUGAGGGUGAGCCCAGCUUGGGGUGAGCCUUUGGUUACUUGGAUUAUUCCAGGGAUGACAGGGAAAGUUUCCCCAGUGACCCCCACACAUUCACACUUGAAGUUGUAUCUAGUUCUUAGGCAUCCCGGAAGUAAGAAAAAGUCACUUUGAUCCCAAUUCCAGGAAAAGACAACACAAGUGGCCAGUCAGCACUACUCUUCUGAAACAAACUUGGCUGAACUUUUCAAGGAGGCCAUGCAAAGCUUUGGGAGUCUGCCUUUUACAAGAACCCUCGCUGUAAACCCGCCGCCAAUCAGGAAACUUCCCAUUCCAGGUCCAGUUCCCGGUGGCUGUCACUGGGUUUGGAAAGCACCUUGCCUGCACUAGGGGAGCACCAGGAUCUAGGCACUUCUUCCUGAUCAAAUUGAGAAGCCAGAGACUUCAAAGCCUCCCUGGGAUUCACUGGUUGAAUCUUGCAAUAGAAACAUCUCCCAAACCUAUAAAGCCUUAGCCCUGGUUCUCAGUUGAGUCAGACCAGGUCUUAAAAGUAUAUGAUCUUGCUCAGUGUAAAACACUGGAUUCUAGGCUUGUGAAGCUAAAGAAUUUUGGACUAGGAAUCAAGAGACCUGGGCUCCAGGUAUGUGACUGUGUGACUGUACACAAGACUCAGGCCCCCGUGGGUCUCAGCUUUCUCAUUUAUGAGGCUGGAUGAAAUCAUGUCAAAGGGCCCUUUUGGCACUGAGGUUCUGGUAUUUGGUUUAGCUACUGGUAGGUUAUCUUCCUGGAGAGAUGGCUAUCAGAUAGUGUUGGUCAUAUCCUGGUUUUUAUCGAUACGAACAGACCUUUCCAUGGAGAAUUAGCGCCAUCUGGUCCUGUCUUUAAAGAAGCUAGUAUGUGCAUUCCUAGGACUCAGUGACCCAACUUCUUUUUUGUAGUGAUGGUUAAAAGGAUGGCUUGUGUGAGGUGGCCUGAAUGUUGUAGGAAUUCCUUCCAUCCUGAAAUCUGGGUAGGAUAUUGUAAACUCAGCUACAGUGGUUUUAGUACUUGGAUUUCUUAAAUCUCAUCCCUGAAAACAUACACACAUGGGCAGGUUGUUGCUGGGUCACCAAUGGGGCCUCUGCCCUCCCAGGCCCACUGAAGAUUGUCUUUCUGGUGUGGGAGGACCAGUUGCCCUGAAUGGCAGUUCUGUAUUUCAGCAUUUUAGAACCUUCCUGUCAAGACUUCGACCUUAGCCCAGCCAUCAAAUUAGGUGGUUCAUCUGAUGGUUUCUGACCUGUUUCCUUUCAUAUGUGAUCAAGAUGUCAAGUAGUGGCAAGUACUAUUUGUUGUGCCUGUACCUUCUCUGUACAUUUAUGAGAAUAAGCAGGCAAAGCAGACAGUUUCCUGAGGGAGAGAAACAGCCUCUGAAAUUCCAAGGUCUUCUAUUACUAAGCUAUUCAAGUUUACAGCACUUUCAGAAAUGCAUAAGUUGGUGGAAAUUAAUUUACUUACCUCAUUAAUGCCAAUUCCAUGGAAAGUUCUUUCCACCAUAGACACUAACCCUGAAUCCUCUAAGGUCCUGGCUGAGCUGGAAGUGUCAAAACGUACACCACUGGCUACCAGUGGGUGAAAGCGAUGUGACCAGCAUUGCUGAAAGACCUAGGUUUCAGUGGAAUGGCUGAAGGGCAUGGUUCAGAAUGCAGAGGCCCAGGUGGAAGUUGGUUAGACUCCCUUGGGUCCCAGAGAGAAGAGAAUGUGUGUGUGUGAAGUGGGGGACGCACACAGAAACAGCUAGACGGAGGGACGGAUGAACACUUGGCCCCUGCAUCAUGUUCCUGGCCAGUGGCCCUUGUCUACAUGACUAAACGCUGGAUGGCCAGGCUCACUUGGAGAAAUAGUUCAGAGGCAGGAAGGGAUGUUGCCUGUUUUCCCAGCCUUUCCCCUCAGGCGAGAGGCAUUGACCUAGUUCUGCCUGCCUCCUGGAGCUGCUGGGCAUCCUGCUGGCUCCAGAGAGAUCAAAUGGUCUUGGCACCUCAGGGAAUGGGAAGCAAGCUGUAAAUCCAGGACCUCCCUGGUGAAAAGCAAGGCAGAGCAGGCGGGCAACCAGCCGGGCACAGCAGGCCUGGCUUUGUGGUGGAGACACCUGAGGACUGGGGCAAGAGCCUUCCUUCAGGGAACUUUGGUUCAAACACCAGGCAUGAACUUUCCCCUGGUUACAGGUAGGGAGAUAUCGGGAAGGGACAGGGAUAGAAAUUAGGAGGAUUGAGUUCCAGCUACAUCUUGCCACGUAUGUGUCCUUGAACAAGCCAUUGAACACCCCUGAAUCAUCAUGACCCAGGAGACCUCUACUCUGAAUGCCAAACCUGUUUCUGGCAUCUGGCAGGCUUCACUGCCACAGUGACAACCCGCUUUUACUGCUAUCUGGGUUUUUAGGAAAUUUGGGUCUGAAUGUAUUGGUAAAGCUUCCAAAACAAAUUUGUUAGCUUGGGACAAUGGGAGUUUUCUCUUCCCCCAUUCCCCAUUCUUCCUAGAAACAUAGUCUACCUUUAUGGAGAGAAACAGAUGAAAUCUCUGGAAACAGCCAAAAAUGCAACCCUGGCUUCGCACACUGGCUUUCCUGCGUGGGACUACAGAAGGGGCUAUGGAUCCUUCCACUUCAUCCUGCUGGUGUGGUAGGAGGCAUUUCCCCUGAAUUCAAGACUUAUUGACUGGGCAGUGUUUAUAAAUGCUAUUUUCAGAUCAGUCAUGGGGUUUCUUUUUCAUUUGGCAGCCAUUGUGGCAUUAUUACAAUACCUCAUUUUAAAGUUGUCAGCUUUCCAGGUUUUCCUAUGAAACCUCCUUUCGUUCAGGAAGGGACAUGUCAACUAAUGUGUGGCCUUCCUGCAGCCGUGACAGCUUGGAGAUGCUCAGGAAGACUGUCAACCUGCUAGCACCCCUGAGCAUUGGCAGCUGUUAACUUUGAAAAUCUAAAUUCCUUUCUGCUCUCUUGACUUAGAAAUGGUUUGCUUGAAAUGCAAGAAAUAAACAUCAUCAAAUAUUCCCACUUAGCAGGAGCUUGCUUCAUGGGAAGGUCCGGUAUGACUCGUGGAUGGAGAUGAUUGGGAUGCAUUUACUGGUUUUCAGUUUAGCUUGUUUUCAAGAGAACUCUCAAGAAGGCAGCCUGUGUAGUCAGGUAGUAAGUUCUGGGCUCUUGUGGAUAUGCCUCUGAUACCACUCUGUUGGGAGCUGGGUUAAUUUCCUAACUAGGUUGGGUUAUCAUUUUAGCCACUGGUUGCAUUCCUUGCUUCAACCUGAAAUUCAGUGUAGCUUCGAGUGUGGGGACACAUGGUGGUGGCUUCAUCUACUUCAGUAUUUGUUUUGACCAAAAGUUUAUUUUUCUAGUGCAUUUUUCUAAGUCAAAGUGGUGAAAAAAAUAUGUAAUUUUAGUAUGCAUGACUGGGUCUUAAUAAAAAUCCCUGUAAGGAUGA